AAAGGGGAUGUCAUUAGGAGGAGGAGAGAGAGCACACCUUCCAUGAUUGUUUUUUUAAGGAGCUAAAUUAAAACUUAGUCAAGUAAAACAGAGAGAAAAAGAAAGAAAAAGUAUUGGACUCCACCAUGAUCUGACUGUUACCUGCGACAGAAUUCAAUCAGACCUUUACAGGCGUCAUCCACCUGCUCUCUCGCUUCCUGCACUUAUUCAAAUGGAGUAUGGCAAGGAAUCACCCCCUCCUCCUUACGACUCUAUCAAUAGUCAGCCCCCCUAUAAGCCUUACGAUGGGCUGAACCACCCACGCUACAUUCCCCAGUAUCCACCACCUGUUGUUGGCCAACAAGUAAUACUGGAGUCUAUACCUCCCAAAACGAAGAAGAACGGUUGCGAGAAUAAUCCACAGUGUUACAAGGCGUGGAUUGCAGCUGCGGUGGUGCUCAUUCUGCUGGGAGCUGGCAUCUGGCUUGGAGUUUAUUAUGGUACAAGAUCAGAAGAAAGUUCUCACCAUGAAGAUGACAAAUAUAAACCGCCGGACAAUCCAUCUGUGUCAGUGAGUGACAACUGCCCCAACACUACUGUCCAGUGUGACGGCAUAGAUGACUGUGAACUGGGCUCUGAUGAAACUAAAUGUGUGAAGUUUGGUACCGACAACAGGCUGCUGGUCAAGACAGUACAAAACACUGCCUUUUUACCAGUGUGUUACGAUGGCUGGUCCAAGAAAAAUGCAGAUGAGGUCUGCAGACAGAUCGGAUUCCUUGGGUCUUUUGACAGCAAGCCAGUUUCUUCAGAGAAUUCUAACGCUUUAGAAUUGAACAACCAAUCAUCUUCACCUAUCCAGAGUCGGGUCAAUGUUAGUUCUUCCUGCCCAAAUUCACAAAUUGUUUCCCUGAAUUGUAUUGAUUGUGGUAAGCGGUCUUCCACAUCCAGGAUUAUUGGGGGCACCAUAGCUAAGGCAGGACAGUGGCCAUGGCAGUUAUCACUGCACUACAGAGGAUCCCAUGUUUGUGGGGCGGUCCUGAUCUCAUCUGAGUUUGUCUUGACAGCAGCCCACUGCUUCCCAAGCUCUAUGGGUACCACUCCAAGCUACUGGAAAGUGUAUGGUGGAACCGUGUCUUUGAACCAGCUUCCUUCUCCUUACUCGGUUAAGAAAAUCAUUCUCAACAACAAUUACGACAGCAAAACUAACGAUCAAGACAUAGCUCUAAUCCAACUCACAUCACCAGUUACUCUCAGUGAUAACGUUCAACCAGCUUGCCUGCCACUUUCUGAAUUUCCGACAACCAGCUGUUGGACCACAGGUUUUGGCACCACUUCUGAAGGUUCUGGUGCUGUUUCCACUAACCUAAUGGAAGUGAAUGUGGACAUCAUCAGCAAUGAUGUGUGCAACAGUCGUGCAGUGUAUGGAGGUGCAGUGACCGACAACAUGCUCUGUGCUGGAAACCUGAGCGGAGGCAAAGAUUCUUGUCAGGGUGACAGUGGAGGUCCGCUGGUGUGCCAGGUAGGUGAUCACUGGCACGUGGUGGGCCUCACCAGCUGGGGGGCUGGCUGUGGUAGAGAAAACAAGCCUGGUGUGUACACAAACGUCAACAGCCUCUUACCUUGGAUCUACGCCGAAAUGAAGAACGCUAUGCCAUAAUGUCACCCUGAGCCCAGCGAUGCUUAACUUUUUAACAGACAUCUGGAUUGUCAUUGCAUGACAGCAGAAUGCACAGAAGAAUGGAUUCAGUCUGUUGCACUCAGGAAAAUAUCAAUUUGUCCUUACACAAUUGACAAUUUGCACAAGUUAAAGCAUAAAUAUGAUUUUGAAUAUACAAAACAUAAUGGUGAUUAUUUGUAUUCAUUCAAAUAUUGCACUUUACCUUAAACGAUCAAUUUGCUGAUUAAAAGCUGACUAACCUUGUUGAAGUAAUACACAAUCAACUGUGAUCCUCUGAAUCUGAAUAUUCUUCCAAAAUUGAAUGAUUUGGUGUAUUUUCUCUGGGAUAAUUCACUUCACUGAUGACGUGUUUAUUUAACAACAAUAAAAAUAUAUAUAUGUUUUUUUUCUGAAUAAACAAUCUAUGAACACUG